CCGUAAUGUUGGUUGCGGUAAGGCAUCGAAGACAUACAUUGGAUUUUGUAAAACGUCCUAGGAUCUAGUAGUUUUAAUUAAUGUGGCAACCACGUGUGGCACUGUCAUUAUUUGACGUUGUGACGUAACUGCUUUGAUUCAGUGAAUGUACUUUAUAUUUUUUCAAUAUUACAGUAAACAUUAUAGAAAAUUUAAGUUCUGAUUUGAGAUGUUAGCUCAUCGUCCUACAUUAAUAUUAGUGCGAUAAGCAGUAAAAACAUGGAGCACAACUCUAAAGUGGCACCCGGGUGGAAUGACCCUCCCGUUUUAAACUAUAGCUCCUCAAAUCCUCCUCCGAAAUCAAGAAUAAUGAAUAAAAGAGUAGCUUUCCCUUUGAAUACGAAUAAUGUCCCUGGUUCAUCUAUUCCAUCAAGUUCUUCCAUGCCUCCUCUUCCACAACCACAAGAAGAUAUGUUUCAAGCUACAAGGCAAAGAUUACAAGGUCUUUUUCAAAAUGAAGAGGCACUGUAUCAGUUUUGCAAAGAUUGGCAAGAUGACAAAAUCAAUGAAGACUGCAAAAGGACUGUGUACUAUUUAGGGAAAUAUUUAAGUGAAAACAACAAGGGUGAAGCCGAAAAGAUGAAAUUGAAAUUAUGUUCCAGUUAUAAAGAUGUUUGUCAGUCGUGGUUGGAUUUUAUUAAAUUUUAAUUAUUUCGUCGG